AUGGAUUCUUAUAAUUUGAAGAAGGAGAAUCGGAAGAAGUUCAGUGAGAAUCAACGAUCCAAGAAUCGUCAUGCGACUCAAAGUGAUAGGAAAUAUAAAGCCAUAAACAAACAGAAACAACAACAACAGCAACAAUUACAAGAAAAGGAGAAAGAAGGACAAGACACCGUUGUCGAAGAAAAGGAACCACCUUCCAAUGCGUAUCGAUAUCAUGAAGAUAUUGAUUUGGCCUUUGAAGAAUUAUUGAUUGAUGACAAUGAUAACCUUGAGAUUAACAAGAAAUUGAAAAAUGUGUUGAAUAAAAGAGUCAAUAAUGAUGAUACUGAUGAGUUAUUAGAACAAACAAAAGUUGACAAGCCAUUAACCAAGAAGAUGUUAGAUAAUCUAGAUAUCAAAAGUUUAAACAAUCUGUUGAAGCCGAGUUUAAGGUCUUUGGAUAAUGCCGACGCGGGGAGAGAGCACCUAAAUAACAAUAAAGAUGCCAAUGAUGACGACCAGUCUGCCACCAUAGAACAACAACAACAACAGCUGCCAUCGCCUAGAAUGAGUAAUGAGAGGGCUCCCAAUAAGACCAAUGCUGCAACUAGUAAUACCUUACUACCAUCAGAAUUAACGGAAGAACAAAGUUUCUUAGAUAGUCUGUUGUAG